AUGGAGCCAGUCGCAUUUCGUCUGAUUAAUGACUACCAAAGUAGACACCAGAGAAGAGCACGGCCUAAGUUUCAAAUUGCGGACUAUGAUGAUGACAUUUAUGACGGGAAUGCCUAUUAUUCUGAGUAUUCCGACGAGGCACAAGAGGAGGGACAGUCUGGAAGGAGUUGUCUUCAGUCAGACGAUACAACCAACGGCCAUUCGGAUAUAGUUCUGCAACUCUUGAAACUCCUUUUUCGGGACCUCCCUCCGCCCGAUCCUAAAUUUGUUGAAGGCCUCUGUCAUAAUCCUGUGUACCUUUGUUUUCCACCACCCGCUAAUGAUGCUCUCUUACUUCCUGCUUUGGCCUGCCUUCCUGACGGAAACCGCUCCCGCAUCGGAUCCCUUGUACGAACCGGAUUCCGCCACAUUUUCUCCCCGUCUCAUCGCAAAAACUCCCAACUUCCGCCCACCAAAUCACGCAUCUCUACCGUCUCUCUGCCUGGCGGUGUAUUUUCUCAUAAAAACAAACACUUGGUCAACCAUUGUGAUACCGAAAAUGACCUGCUGCGAUAUCAACGUUGGUCCACGGUUCAACCUCCAAAUCUGAUGAAACUCGCCCUCCUACUGCAGGGAUCGGACUCUGCAAGCUGUCAGUCAUCCCCUCCCAGCAAUACACCCCUCAGUUCCUCCCAACCGGAGUUCACGGUACCUGCACCUCCGCCGCCGCCGCCGCCUCCUCCUCCUCCUCCUCCCUUGUUAAAUGAAGCCGAUCAGCAGGCUUCCGAUAAGCCACCGACACCUGCGAAAGGCGGGACUGUAGAGAUUGGCCUUCUUAAGCACGACGUAACUUCCCUCGAAAAGGCUAUUCGGAAAACUGAGUCCCAACUUAAAGGUGCGUAA